GUGGUGCUGUAGCUAUUCCAUCUCUUGGAAAGUUUUGGUUAGCAAUGCUGAAUCUUUAUGAUUGGAAAGGAGUUAAUCCGGUCUUACCAGAAUUAUGGCUUCUUCCAUACAAGUCACCCCUUCAUCCAGCUCGCUUAUGGGGUCCAAUACGUGCUUCCCAUCUCUCUAUGAGUUAUCUUUAUGGGCGUAAAGUAACUGAAAAAAUAAAUCCAUUAAUCAAACAAUUACGAACUGAAUUAUUUGCUCAACCAUAUGAUAAAAUUAAUUGGUCUGCUGCAAAGAACAAUGUUUGUGAGACUGAUAUAUAUUUUCCGCGGUCUCCAGCUUUAGUUGUCACUAACAGUGAGUUUUUUUUGCUCAUUUUAUUAGAGGUGUAUCCAUUACCGUUUAGAAUAUUAUACACAGUGCAAAACGGUAUUGACGGCAGCUUGUUGGGUAUUCGUGAAAUCGCAUUAAGAAAGGUUUAUAAAUUAAUGAAACUCGAAGAAUUUGAUUCUAAUUAUAUUUCUACCUGUGCGAUUGAUAAAUUAUUUCGUUUGGUUUGUGCUUACCAUAAAGAGGGACCAGAAUCUGAGAUGUUCUUAAAUAUGAAGGAUAAAAUCGCAAAUUAUAUAUGGAUGACUCCAAAUGGGAUGUUAAUGAAUUACACUGAUGGAUCUCAAAUUUGGGAUACUUCACUUGCAGUACAAGCAAUAAUAGAAUCAGGUUUAGCAAAUGAUUCAGAUAAUUGCGAAUCAAUGAUUAAAGCACUUGAAUUUUUAGAUGAUUCACAAAUAAAAAAUAAUCCAACAUAUAUGAAACAAUGUUGGAGAGAACCUUCAAAAGGAUUGUGGUGUUUUAGUACAAGAGAACAAGGGUGGUCAGCCAACGAUUGUACUGCUGAAGCUUUAAAAGCAGUAUUACUACUUCAGGGUAGAUUAGAUUACACACAGCCAUUAAUUAAUCAAAAACGAAUUCAAUCUACAAUCGAUAUUUUAAUCAGAAGACAACAUACCAAUGGUGGAUAUUCAUGUUUUGAAGGUAUUCGUGGUUACUGUUGGAUGGAAUUGAUAAAUCCUUCAGAACUUUUUGAAAAUACCUUUAUUGAACAUACUUACGUUGAAUGUACAAGUUCUGUUAUGACUGCUUUAAGAAUAUUUUCAAAAUUUGAUCUCGUAGAUCAUUACGUUGAUGAUAUUGAAAAUGUUUGCGCAAAAGCAGCGAAAUAUAUUCAUAGUAUGCAACGUAAAGAUGGCAGUUGGCUUGGAUCUUGGGGUAUUUGUUUUACAUAUGGUACAAUGUUUGCAAUUCAAGGAUUAUCGAGUGUUGGAGAAAAUUAUGAGAAUAGCGAAUAUGUAAAAAAAGCAUGCAACUUCUUGGUUUCUAAACAACGCGAAGACGGUGGAUGGGGAGAAGAUUACAAGUCUGCAUCUGGAGUAGGACAAUAUAUACAACAUUCAAAUUCGCAAGUUGUUAAUACAGCUUGGGCAUUGCUUGGACUAAUGUAUGCAGAAUACCCACUUAGUGAACCUAUUAUAAAUGGAAUUGAGUCGAAACAACUUCCAACAGGAGAGUGGAAGAAAGAAUCUUUUAAAAGUAUGAUUGGCAAAAAUUGUCCAAUAAAUCACUCAAAUUACGAAUCUAUUUAUAGUAUUUGGGCAUUAGGAAUGUAUUCUAAUUUAUAUGAAAGUGAUGAAAAUUACCGUUACGGUGUCUGGGAGAUAAUUACUGGAUAA